UCUGUGAGCAACCGUUCACAGACCACCGUCUGUGAGCAACUUAUCAUGAGUUACAAGGGUAACCUUUUGUUUUGGGGAGGCUGACUUGGUUUUUUGGAGCACCAGAGAAACAAUAUGAAGAGUAAUUAUUAAUUGCGUGGUAAUUUUCUGUCAGCAUAAAAAGAAAACCGGUUUCUCAGUACUAGUGCUUUCAACAUCUUAUAAUUAUUUUUAAAUCCAGAAAGAUGUGGACCUUCCUGGGAAUAGCCAGCUUCACAUACCUUUACAAAAAAUCCAACACAGUCUUGAGUUACGCUCACAAAGAGCUUCUAAUGGCCGCAGCCUUAUUUCUGACAGUCGGCCUGCUGCUAUCGUAUGUCAGGUACUUUCAUAUGCAGAAGCUCACAGUCUCUCAGAUGUUACAUUUGCCUCUGAGCCUCUUGUCCUUUUUACCUGUUAUCAACAAUUUAAUCCCCCAAACUUCAACACAGAGGAGCGAGAAGGCGGAGAACAGCUGUACACAGAGCCGGAGAACAAGGAAAAGAGUAGAUACAGAGUCCUCCGCCUCACCCAAUGCCUCAGCCAGGGGACUCGCGGUGGCCCCGGAGCCAGACGUGGUGAUAGUUGGGGCAGGGGUCCUGGGCUCUGCCCUGGCGGCCGUCCUAGCCCAGGACGGGAGGAGGGUGACGGUGGUGGAGAGGGAUAUGAAGGAGCCUGACAGGAUAGUGGGGGAGCUGCUGCAGCCUGGAGGAUUCAGGGCACUAAAAGAGCUGGGACUGGAAGGUCAGUGACGGGGGCUGC